UGGCGAGAGUCUGAUAGAAUACAUUGCACCGGGAACUUUUAAAAAUCUCUCCAAAGUAACAGGCUUAGUCAUUACAUCCUUGAGCCCCAAACCUAUUCCACUUUAUCCUGAGAUCUUUGAAGGCCUGGACAGUUUAUCUGCUGUGUAUGUCUACGAUUCACGUUUCUGCUGUCUGGCGCCGGCCAGUGUAAACUGUGUUAAUGAGCGCCCUACUCAUCCUCUCUUCACCUGCCGCAAGACCUUCCUCCAGAACUUUACCAUCAAGGUCUUCAUGUGGAUCCUAGGGAUAAGUGCCUUACUUGGGAACACCUUCGUCUUGGUCUUCAGGUUGAGGAGUACACCUACGACCAGGGUAGCCAAGAUUCAGGCCAUGAUCAUCACCAACCUGGCCGUGUCUGAUCUCUUGAUGGGUAUCUACAUGGUGCUCCACGCCGUGAUGGAUAUCUUAAUUGGAGAGUCUUACUUCUGGGAGGGUCGUGCUGAGGAGUGGAGGGCCAGCACUACUUGUCAGAUCGCAGGGUUCAUCUCUGUUCUAAGCAGUGAGACGUUCGUGUUCUUGCUCGUCCUCCUCAGUCUUGACCGCUUCAUUUGUGUCGUGUUCCCGUUCAGCAACUGGCGUUUGGGCGUUGUGUCUACCCGCGUUACAAUCGGAGUUAUAUGGCUAGCAUCUGUACUACUCAGCGUGGGAGGUGUAUUGCUGAAUAACCUCAAUCCAGAUGCCUAUGGUCUCAGUGACGUAUGCGUCGGACUCCCUUUCAUUCGAAAGUCUACGGAUAUCCGCGAAGAGGACGACACCUGGACAUCGAAUCAGUAUGGCAUACCCUAUUCCACCACGAUCGCUGGCUCAACCGUAUCAACAUGGAAGUACUCCAUUGUUCUUUUCCUUGGUAUCAAUCUAUGUGGUUUCGUUGUCAUUUUUCUCUCGUACAUUGCCAUUUUCAUCAAGGCCCGUUUUGUCCGCGCUGAACUCGGUCAAACCAGCCAAUCAGCCAAGGAGAUCAAGAUGGCGCUGAGGAUGCUGCUGAUCGUCGGCAGCUUUUCUGUUGGAUGCCAAUCAUCAUCCUUGGUAUCCUAG